AUGGCUGCUGCAGCUUAUUCCACACUACCUAAUAAUGGAUAUGCUGGCUAUAAUCCAGAAGGAGAUCCAUAUAAUACAAAUAAUGCUGGUGCAUAUGAUACAGGUUUUGGAGCAAUAGCUACAGAUCCAUAUCAAUAUCCAACAAAUGAAUAUGACAAUGAUAUUCCUGAUGAUCAACAACAACCUGAUUAUUCAAAUGAAUAUCAACAGCCUCCAUAUGCAAAUGACAAUUAUCCUCCACAACAACCUCAGAAUGUUCUUCCAAAUACUUAUCCUCCACAACCCCAGAACGUACCUUCAAAUACUUAUCCUCCACCACCUCAGAACGUUCAUCCACAGGCGUAUGCUCAACCACCUCAAAAUGUUCCUCCACAAGCAUAUGGACAACGACCACCAAAUAAUCAACAACAACAACAACCUUUUUAUCAAGAUGAACAUCAACAAGUUCCACAUACAAAUGGUAACUAUCCUCCACAACAACCUCAGAAAGCACCUUUAAAUGGUUAUCCACAACAACCUCAGAAAGCUCCUUUAAACGGUUAUCCACAACAACCACCAAACCAUCAACAACAACCUUUUUAUGGAAAUGAUCAUCAACAAUCUCCAUAUGACAAUGAUGAUUAUCCUCCACAACAACCACCACCACCUCAAAACUAUCCUCCAAAUCCAUUUGCACAACGACCACCAAACAAUCAACAACAACAACCACAAUUUAAUGGUCAUCCGAAUCCACAAUUACCUAAAGCUAAUAAUAGAUCGAUGCCAAUGAAUAAUAAUACUACUGAAAGUUAUAGUGAUAUAAGUGGAAUACAACCACCAUAUAAUCCGAACAAUUUUGCUGCAACAAAACAACAGCAACCAUUACCUCCAGUUGAUAACCAGAAUUAUCAGUCUCAACCAUAUCAUAAUCAACCUAAACAACAAGUGUCAAAUCGUCCUCCGAAACAAGAACAACAGCAAUAUUAUCAACCUCCAUCACCACCUGAAUCUGAUCAUCAACAAAAUUCGAAGCCUUAUGCAUCUCAUGGUUCAGUUCGUCGUCCAUCUCUAUCUAAUCAAAAUAAUAAUUAUCCAUUUGAGCCACUACCUAAAGUUAAUCAUAAUCGACAAGAUUCAAAAACAUCUAAAUCAAGUUCUAUACCACCUAUAACGAAUAAAAAGAAAGAUGACACUCGUGAAGAAAAACAAAAUAAACCUACAGUUACAAAACCAAAAUCACAAACUAUAGGUCUUCAAACAGAAGAACCUCGUAUUUUAGAUAAAAAUAAACGAAAUCAAAAACAACCAUUUACAAAAAACAAAAGAGACAAUGAUUCUCAAAGUGAUGAUGAUGACCAACAUGAUCAUAUGAGAACAAAUCGUAAUAAAAAACAACCUCAUACAAAAUCAAAACCACUUAAAAAUUAUAAUUAUCCAACAACGGAUGACUAUAGUUCAGAUGAUGAUCGUCCAUGUCCUCAUUGCCGACAUCAGAAAAAAGUGACAGGUUCUGAUAGACAUUUAGAUAAAAAUCCACGUCUUCCUCCACUUCGUCGUCUUGGAAAACCAACUCAUCAAGAAUCUCAUACUAGCAAUCCAAUGAAUUCCAAACGUACAUCAACAAGACGAUUCUCUCAACAUGAUAAAUCUCCAUCCUUUGGUAUUGUUUCUAGUCGACAAGGAAAUCUUUAUAUAAAUCGAAAUACUGGUCAUACACCACGAUAUCGUGAAGCAUACGAUCCACAGUCUGAUCAAGAGAAAGCAAAUGGUAAAUCGAAACGACAUCAGAAUUCAAAUAUAUAUGAAGAUGAAGAAGAAGAUAAUCCUAAAACUAAUCGAUCACGAUUUGGUAAGUUUAAAAAUUCAGUUAAAAAUCAUGGCAGUCGGAAAUGUCCUCAUGCUUGUGAAAAAUGUGGACAUUUACCACCUUCAGUAGGACGUCGUUCUGCAUCAAACGAUGGACAUGGAACGAAUCGUCAUAAUAACAAAGAUCAAUCGAAAUCAAAAUCAAAAUAUAAAUCAAGUACUGUCGAUAUUCCCUUUUCUCAACCACCAAUAAGAGCAGAUACUUAUGUCGAAAGCGAACGUAUACGUGCAGUACGUGAUGCUCAAGGUUAUUAUAUGCCAUAUAAACCAUACACUCUCAAAGAUUAUAAUGAAUUAAAAAAAACUUUUAACCACAAUAAUCUAUAUUCUACUCGGCAAGAAUCACCCGUUGAUCGAGUAGAACUUUUUAAGAAAGGUCAAGAAUACGGAACAUUCAUUGAGAAAAGUGUGAUUGAUUCUUCUGAUAUGCAACCAUCACCACCAAAAGAAAUGCCACCAGUCAAACCAUGGCAUGGAGGUAUUAGUGGAUUACCCAGUUCUGAAGAAGCAGCAAAACGAGAACGAGCUCUUGAAUAUGCUAAAAUUCAAGUUAGAAAAUAUCAAGAAACAACUUAUCCAAGAAAUCGUUCACAUAAAUCAGCUCCUGAACAAUAUGGCUAUAAACCUUUAUCGAAACUGAAUGGUCAUGAUCCACAAUUACGUAUUUGUAGUAUUUGCAACGGUGUAUGUGUUAAACAAAACUCAGUUGGACACCAUCACCAUCAUCAUCAUCAUUGA